UAAUCCGGGAGACCCACGGGAUCAGCCCUGCCCACCGCUGGCUCUGUCAGCACAGUAAACUUGAGACAGAGGCAGGCUUCUUCUGCUAACCACCACACCAGCUAAUUCCAGUUUCCGGCGUCAGGCUAGUUUCCAGAGGCGACGUCAGCCAAAGUGGCGCCGCUAACUGGCUAACUUGGGGAAAGGUGCCCAAAACUUAAAGUUUGUUUUCAUUCCAGCAAAACGCUUUUGGCUGUUUUUCAGGCUGCACAGCUAAAGAUCUUAAAUCUGCGUUCAACACAGCUGAUCAUGUGAAACCUGGUCGACAUACAUAUUCUUAGAAAGUGCAUUAAGACACAGAGGUCAAGAUGUCCAUCAGCAACACACCUACCAGCAACGACGCCUGCCUGAGCAUUGUGCACAGUUUGAUGUGCCACAGACAAGGCGGUGAGAGUGAGACGUUUGCUAAAAAGGCCAUCGAGAGCCUAGUGAAGAAGCUGAAGGAGAAAAAAGACGAGCUCGACUCCCUCAUCACAGCUAUCACCACCAACGGAGCCCAUCCCAGCAAGUGUGUGACAACUCAGAGGACACUUGAUGGACGGCUACAGGUGGCAGGACGUAAGGGCUUCCCCCAUGUGAUCUACGCCCGACUGUGGCGGUGGCCUGACCUGCAUAAGAAUGAACUGAAGCAUGUCAAAUACUGCCAGUUUGCCUUUGACCUGAAGUGUGACAGUGUAUGCGUCAACCCCUAUCACUAUGAGCGAGUCGUGUCUCCUGGCAUAGACUUAUCAGGACUGACCUUGACCAGUUCUGGACCCAGCUCAGCGCUCAUGGUUAAGGACGAGUAUGAUUUUGAUGGACAGCAGAGUCUACCUUCCAUCGAGACCAUCCAGCACCCCCCGUCCAGCAGCCGCCCAGUCCCAGCUGAAUCAUUUGCCACACCCAGUCUGCUCCCUCCUGCUGAAGCCUCCACCUCUUAUUCGUCAUCGUCCUUUCCUGCUAUAGCUGCCGGAUCAGGCAGUGCCAGCUCAACCUGGUCUAGGAACAGCAGCUUUACUCCCAACAUAUCCCACCACACCAAUGGCCACCUACAGCACCACCCUCCUAUGCCACAUCCAGCUCAAUACUGGCAAGUCCAUAACGAACUUGCCUUUCAGCCCCCUAUUUCCAACCAUCCAGCUCCUGACUACUGGUGUUCCAUUGCCCAUUUUGAGAUGGAUGUUCAAGUCGGUGAGACGUUUAAGGUGCCUUCUUCUUGUCCCAUUGUGACUGUCGAUGGCUACGUCGACCCCUCGGGAGGAGACCGGUUCUGUCUGGGCCAGCUCAGCAACGUACAUCGCACUGAGGCUAUAGAGAAAGCGAGGCUUCACAUAGGUAAAGGGGUCCAGUUGGAAUGUAAAGGUGAAGGAGAUGUGUGGGUGCGAUGCCUCAGUGACCAUGCUGUGUUUGUCCAGAGUUACUACCUGGACAGGGAGGCGGGCCGUGCUCCUGGAGACGCUGUUCAUAAAAUCUACCCCAGCGCUUACAUCAAAGUGUUUGACCUUCGUCAAUGCCACAGACAGAUGCAACAGCAAGCUGCUACUGCCCAAGCAGCAGCAACGGCCCAAGCUGCCGCCGUGGCUGGAAAUAUCCCUGGACCUGGAUCAGUGGGAGGAAUAGCUCCAGCCAUCAGUCUGUCAGCAGCCGCUGGGAUUGGGGUCGACGACCUGCGGCGUCUGUGUAUUCUCAGGAUGAGCUUUGUCAAGGGGUGGGGACCCGACUAUCCCCGUCAGAGCAUCAAGGAGACCCCCUGCUGGAUAGAGAUCCACCUGCACAGGGCCUUGCAGCUGCUGGACGAGGUUUUGCACACUAUGCCUGUAGCAGACCCACAACCGCUGGACUGAGAUUUGUAAUAAGUGCAGAAUCACAUCGCGCACAAAAUCUUCCUCACAAAACUUUAAGGUGUUUAAGGCACCUUUGUGAUCUGGCGCGAGGUCUGGCUUUUACAUUACAGCAGCUAAACUAAAACGAACCAAAGCCAAAUAUUAAACCUAUGUUAAUUCAUAUUUUUGAUAGAUGGCUUUGAUUUGAUGACUGGAAUGUUGAACCGAAGAACUAGACAAAUAAUCAAGAUGACUACAUACUGUAUAUUGCAGAACACAACGAGCACAUAGAUUAUCUGCAGUUCAUGAAGCUAGAAUUUUAAUCAACAGCUCUGUGCCUGUCGGCUGAAGCUCCAACUACUGACUCACUGAACAUCUGAGUGCUGUUCAGCACACGAUGAGCAGGUUUUUUCUCAGUUUAUGUUCAAGCUGAAAUCUCCAGGAAAUCCCCUCUGAAAAGUCCAGGCAGCUGUCAGACUGAGAAGCAGCACAACUCCGAGGCAUGGGGAUCACUGCAUUGUGUUGAUCACUGCCUCUCAGCUACAGGACCGGACCAGAACCACUCAACUGGAUCGGGUCACUGUAGUCAUCCAUAACCUUCCUCAGAUAAAACCUAAUGGACCUGCACUGUGCUCAAAGUUAGGCUCAGAAAGGUCAGUGAACCCGUCAGAUAGAUGAGGUACUGCAGAUCUGUCUGUGUCCAGUUACAAAUAACCUCCUUUCCCUUUAAAUCAACAGCAGUCAAACAAAAUAACAAACUAGUGAAUAGACUGUGCUUUUGCUAGGAUGCUUUUGCCUAAAACAGAUUAAAUAGUCAAAAUGAAAAAAAAAACACAGGCUAGUCCUUUAUGUGUUUCUUAAUGUUGUAGCAAACCAGUGACAUUGUCAUGACAGCGUCCUCCUGUUACUGGCAGACACACAGGCAGCUGCUGGUAUUUUGUUAAGUUAACUUGGAGGUUUCUUUAAAUGACAUUCAUUAUUAUUUGUAUUCUAUACGGUUUCCAUUGGUUUGAUUCUUCAAGCAUGUGCUCCACAAUAGAACUACAGUACAUGCAGCCCACUUGCUCCGCUGCUUGAAACAGGUUGUCUAUAAAUAAGAGUUUUAAAGACAGUUUCCCAGCAACAUUAGUUUAUUUUCUUUUAUUUUUGUAUUGCAUAUUAAUAUUUUUUUUUUAAUGUUUUAAUCAGGUAACUCGUAUUUUUAGUCAGUAAGGGAUUGAAUAGGUUGAUUUAUAUUUUACAUUGGGAUGCAUUUGUAUUGAAACACACGUAACACUACGGCAUCUUUUUAGAGCCUGUUUUGCCUUUUCAGGCUUUAGGCCUUUACAAAACUGGAGGUUCUUUUAGUAGCUAAUUUUUUUUAAUUGCAUUAUUUUUUCUUCGUGUAAUUCAAUUCACGUAAAAAACAUUAGCAUGACCUUUAGUAGCUGAUGGCCCUUCUUCCUUUCCUUUUCUCUGCAUCACAUAGCAAACCUGAACUAACUGAAUAUGUGGUGUGUUACUGGUUUAUGAUAGCAUUAAAGGCUAAUCUACAUUAAUCUAAAAUUAUUAAAACAAUUAAUUUUCUAAAUCAUUUUUUGUUUGUCAUGUGUAUCUCAUAAAAUGAUUUAAUUUCAAAGUCCCUUCCUCCUCUAUGCUUCAAACUGCAUCAAACAUGUAUGCAAAACAUGUAUGUUUUGUCACAUUGUGACAUUAAAGGUCUAUCCUAUGAAUUUAA